AUCGCCUUCUUCAACCCCUUUCCUUUCUCUUUUGUUCCUCGUGAAUCAUGAUUGUGCAGAUCAGCCUCUAACCAUUUUUUAACCUUUUUUGGUGUUUUUUCCCAUGAUAAGAAGCUUUAGAAUCUUAGUUUGCGGGUUUUUGAAAUUUUGAAAGGAAAAAUAGAAGAAAAGGUAAUAGUAAGAUGACAUCAACUCCGGGAGCAGCUUGGUCUUCUAAGAUUUGCUUCAAUUCGGACUGUAAGGACUUGAAACCGGAAAUACCAAGGAAAGCUUGGCGGUUGCGAACGGGAGAGUUUGCUGAGCUUUGUGAUCGAUGCGCUUCUGCUUUCGAGGAGGGAAGAUUUUGUGAUACUUUUCACUUGAAUGCUUCUGGUUGGAGGAGCUGUGUGUCAUGUGGGAAGCGGGUUCAUUGCGGAUGCAUUGUUUCAGUUCAUGCAUUUACUUUGUUGGAUGCUGGAGGAAUAGAGUGCAUAGCGUGUGCAAGAAAAAAUGUUGUUUUGGGAUCAAGUUCUUCCUUGUCACAAUCUUUGCUUUUCCAUUCAUCUGUGCCUGAGAAAUAUAAAGAAUAUUCUGCAAAAGGUUGGACUCAGUUAGCUGGUUCAGGUCCUGUACCUUGGCGGCAGGCGCCCAGUUUGUUCAAUUCUUCUGUUGCUCAGCCUGAGUUGCAUUCUAGAGUGCCCUAUGAAGUUGACUUUCCACGGGGCAUUGAUAGACUAAAAGUCUGCGACAGAUUAUCUACUCCUUCCCUGGAAAAGAAGAAUGUUGAGGACUUCUCUGAAAGGUUAAUGAAUGGAAACUUGAAGCCUGGAACACUUGAUAUACAGGAGAAGGGAAAUUCAGGAAUCAAUUUUGAGGAGCAGCGUAAUUCAUGUUUGACUAAAUUUCAGCAGUCUUCUCUGAAGGAGGAGUCAUCUAAUCCAUCAUUUGGGUUAGCUGUAUCUUAUACAUCUCAAGAUGAAGCAAAUGGUCAAAUUGGGGUUUCUGGAACUCAAUUGCGACCAAACCCUCAACCUCCACCUGCCAAGCAAUUUCAUAGUGCUCUUCAAAAUGGGAUUGACUCAUCAAGUGAAACUCAGAUUCGAAAUGGGAGGCCUCUACCAGAUGUCCGUGGAAAAACUAAUUUAUUUCCUCGUUAUUGGCCUAGGUUUACUGACCAAGACCUGCAGCAAAUAACAGGAGACUCAAAUUCUACAAUCACUCCUUUGUUUGAGAAAAUGUUGAGUGCUAGUGAUGCUGGGCGAAUUGGACGUCUAGUGCUGCCCAAAAAAUGUGCAGAGGCCCAUUUCCCCCCGAUAUCUCAGCCAGAAGGUUUACCUCUUAAAGUACAGGAUUCAAAAGGAAAGGAAUGGAUAUUUCAGUUCCGCUUCUGGCCCAACAAUAAUAGCAGAAUGUAUGUUUUAGAGGGGGUUACUCCUUGCAUACAGAACAUGCAAGUGCAAGCGGGUGACAUAGUAACAUUUAGUCGGUUAGAGCCUGGAGGGAAGUUGGUCAUGGGUUUCAGAAAGGCUUCAACUGCUUCAACAUCUGAUCAGGACAAUGAAGCCAAAAAUAGCAAUGGAGUUUCUAUGCAUGGAGAUGCUGAAAUGGCAGACCCUACCUCAUGGUCAAAAGUUGAUAAGUCAGGAUACAUAGCAAAGGAAGCAUUAGGAGCCAAAGUGGCAGUUUUCAGAAAGAGGAAGAAUAGCAGCAUGCUGGGUUCAAAAAGCAAGCGUCUUAGAUUUGAUAAUGAAGAUCUUCUAGAGCUGAAAUUAACAUGGGAAGAAGCUCAAGGGCUGCUUCGCCCCCCUCCUAAUCAUGUGGCGAGUGUUGUAGUCAUUGAAGGUUUUGAGUUUGAAGAAUAUGAGGAUGCACCGAUUCUUGGGAAGCCAACAAUAUUUGCUAUCGAUAAUAUGGGGGAAAAGAUUCAGUGGGCUCAAUGCGAAGAUUGUUUUAAGUGGCGUAGAUUGCCUUCUAAUGUUCUUCUUCCUUCCAAGUGGACCUGUUCCUGCAACUCAUGGGAUCCAGAAAGCAGAUCUUCUUGUUCAGCCACUCAAGAAUUGACUGCUGAACAGCUAGAAAAUCUGCUGUCACAAUGUAAUCCAGCUGCUUCUAAGAAAAUGAAGGCCGCUAAACAGGAACCAGAAAGCGUAGAUGCUUUAGAGGGGCUCGACACCCUUGCCAACCUCGCUAUCUUGGGAGAGGGUGAUUCUCUCCCUGCUUCCUCUCAGGCCACCACGAAGCACCCACGGCAUAGACCUGGCUGCACAUGUAUCGUAUGCAUUCAACCCCCAAGUGGGAAAGGCCCCAAACACAAGCAGACGUGUACUUGUAAUGUUUGCGAAACAGUGAAGAGACGAUUCCGCACCCUCAUGCAGCGGCGUGAGAAGAAGCAGUCACAAAAGGAAGCUGAAUCUACUGGCAUGAAGCAGCAAACAUUAUUGCCUGAUAAAGUAGUGGGUGGUGACCCGCCCUCUUGCACUAAUGAUGCAGAAAAUAGCAUACCAAAGCCAAAAAAGGUUGCCACUGAGGGUUCAGAAGAUGAUCCUAACAGAGUAAAAUCCUCAAGUUCACCUUUUAAAGGCCAAAUUGACUUGAAUAUCCAACCAGAGCGGGAAGAAGAGCUUUCACCUGGUUCUGAUUCUGGUAGCAUGAUGAAAUUGCUUCAAGAUGCCACCGACAUAAACCUUAGACAGCAAAGCAUGUUGACCUCUGCUGGUAAUAGUAAUUUAGAAGUUAUUCAGACACAACCUGGUUGGAGGCCAGGAGUAGAAAAAAUUAGCAGCAGUCUCAAUCUAGAUGUUGACGGGGAACCUUCAGCAGUUCUCUCUAUUAAAACAUCUGCACCCACAUCAGCCACCGGUUAGAUCAAUGCAUUAUGUUAUAUUGACCAUUAGCAAGGAAUGAACUACUAUGUCUAUGGCGGUACAGUCCACACAUCUGCAUUGUUAGAGGCUUGUAUAUAAAAGAAGAGGGGUGUAAGAAACUAAUAUCCUCUCUAGAGUGAGGUCGAUGUUAAGUUGUUAAAUUUCAGGAGCUCGCCAGCAGAUCAAGAAGAAUUGAGUUUGUAAAUCAAGUGCCUGCAGAAUAAUUGCAUACACGAUGAUUUUAUAUUGUUUUGUGGUUUGUCAGGCCUACCCUGUUUCAUGCUUGGGAGGGGGAAUCUUUGUAACCUUAAAUGAUUUGGGGGCGAACGAUUUCUUUUAGCUGGUGAACUGAAUCAUG